AUGUCCUCGUGGAGUAUCCCCCCACCGCCCGCGAGGCCCCAAGAACCUGCCCCCCUCCGCCGCCGAAGCAGCAGCAGCAGCAGUGACAAGAACAACAGCAACAGCCGCCAGCAGUACUCCUAUGCCAGCAGCCGCCGCCCAGACACCAGACGGGAUUUCCACCGCUACUCGACAGACGACGAAGAGGAAGUCCUCUACGACCUGGACGAGGCCGCCCUGGCGCAGCUGCCCGUGCACCUCCAAGACACCAUGCGCGAGCUGCAACUCGAGCGCGUCCGAAAGUUCCGACUCCAGCUCCAGCAGAGCAGCGCCCACGGCCACGGCCACGACCACAGCCACAGCCUCCGUCUCUGCCGGCCUGUCUCCCACAGCGAUUAUGCGGAGACCUGGUUCAAGAACAUGAUGGCCCGGCUGUCGGCGAAUCAGGAGAUGCGUGAGGCUCAUUAUCAGUUGCGAGAAUCUGUCCCCCGGGGGUAUCAGGCGGAUGGGAGUUGGCGGGUGCAGCAGCGGCAGUGGAUUGUGGGUCGGGAGAAUGAUAUCCAUGCAGCGGCUGCCUUAAAGGGAGAGGGGGAAAGGGACGGGGAAGGGGGGCAGGAGAAUGCCAAUUGGUUUACGGAGGAAGGGUGUGAUGAGCCGCAAGCGCCUUCGACGCAGCAGAUGGCUAUAUUUGAGAGGGAUCAGAGAGCCCGGAAGUGA